GCAUGAAUUCUCUAAGUCUAGCUGGCUAAAAGUGGCCAGUUAUAUAGACCUUCUGGCUGCUGACUCAUGCGUGCGAAUCCGGCUGAAUUGAUGUUCCAACACUUUCCUUAUAUUUUGGGAACGUCGCGGUCAUACCCUCCCUUGGGGCUCAUGGCCCUGUACCGUGUCUGUGUCUCGAAGAGAAGUGGUUUCGCCCGUAGCCUCUGUUCCAGUCCCACGCGAGCAACAAUGCCUGCACACCAGAAUAGAAUCAGAAAGAUACAAGCUACCCGAAAAGGGUCGACGACGGUGACCCUCCAGUCCCAUGUGGACAACUGCAGCAACACGAGGAAGACAAGGCCGAUGGCGAAUAGUGCAACGAUGCCUCCCACGCAGAAGCUGUCGCUCAUGCCAUCCCCCAUGUCGCUUGUUAUCCGCAUACUGUCCGUAUCUGGAAAGCGCAUUCAGCGCGGCGUCGACGAUGAUCGUACCAAUGACGUCGGCCAGAAAUUCGCACCCGAACAGGACGUCGGCCGGAAAUUCGCCCCGGAACAGGCGAGCGAUUGGUUCGUCCAUCUCGUGGUGUGGACGAUAUGUGAAGUCCAAUGGGAGUUUUGCUUCGACGAACAAGGGCUGAAGUUGAUGAUGAUGGAGAGGAGAGAAAUGAUUGAUGAUAUAGUCGCAUAUCUCUGACCUGUGCCGGAUCUUUAUAUCUUAAUACAGUACAGAAUCUCCGAUAACGCAGAGCAACAGCCGAAUCUAACUUCACUUAAACCACGGCCUGGAGCAAACGACCUUUAGGCACCGGAACAUUGGCGGCAACGCUGUUGAAUAAGGUCGCGCGGGUUCGCAACAAGGGUGUGACUAACGUGCUUGUAAUGAUGGCAUUAUUAAACCUACCACCAAGGUCGCAAUUGUUGCAAGCCACACGACAAUUCUACCUCCACUAAGGUCGUCAAAAACCUUGCGCCUUGAGUCACAACUACUAACAACGGUACUGGAGAUAGCUUCAC